AUGCAGUAUAUGGACGACGAACCUGCAACAGCAGCUGAGGAGAUUCGUUUUGGAGAGAAUCAUUUGUUAGUCUCAACCGAUGAUUUGACGGCAUGGGAGGACAAAUACGGAGAGAUCCCCAGACAAGCUGUGGUUGUGAUGAACUCUGGUUGGUCUCACAAAUAUCCAGAUCCAACACUUGUCUUUGGAACACCUCUACCCAACGAUACCUCAUCGUUUCAUUUCCCUAGCUGGCACGAGGAAGCCGUCACAUGGUUGAUAACCAAACGACAGGUCAACGCCCUUGGUGUUGACACUCCUUCUACUGAUUAUGGACAAACCAAGACAUUUCCCUGUCACAAGAUCAUGGGGAAAAAUAACGUAGUAGGUGUAGAAAACGUAGCGAACCUUGACAGCAUUCCGGAAAGUGGCAGCAUCGUCUAUAUACCCGUUAUUAAAUUAUUUGAUGGUAGCGGUGGACCUACUCGACUUUUCGGAACAUACGACGACGAACCGAACAAAACAAAUUCUGCCAUGAAUGUCAUGAGUACCGCAAUCUACGUCUACCUCUUGCAAAUAAUAACAAUCUUCGUUUACCAAUAUUGAAUAUAACUCUAUGUUCCAUUAAUCCCUGUAUGCUUAAUACUAAUUCACAUAUCUAAAUGUUUUUAACAGAACAGAGCACGGUUUUCGAUAGCAUGUACAUUAUUCAUGCAUAUUUCGAAUUCUUCAACAAGCAUUUCGAGCCUCAGUUAAAUUCAAAUGCCUUUUUGUUUUUUGUUCAAUUGUAUGCCUUAUAAGCAAUUUGAUUGCGUAAAAUACUAAAUGCGAAAAGAAUUCCAAGAUUCUUUUUAAAUAGAUUGCUACUAAUAUUGAGGAGGAUUAUAUAUGUGAUAAUCGUUUUAGACAAGAGGAUCAAUAUACAAUACUGCAGUCCUCGAGCUAAAAAUGAUCUGAGUAGUUGAUGUCUGCUGCUUGACAUUACAAAUCUGUUUCUGAAGUUCCAUAAUCAUUGUAGACAUUUUAGACAAGUGUAUGAAGUGUUCCUCGAAGAUAGUGCAAGAUAAUUGUCUAUGACAUGGAAGUAAUUUCUACAAAUGAUGAUUGAUUGAAUAUUGUUCAUAGGAAUCGUUCACUCAUAUGGAGACGUCACCAUGAAGGGAUCUUUAUCGUGCCACAUCUGGUGUGACACGGGGCUUCGGUUUUGCGGUCUCAUCUGAAGGACCGCCCCAUUUAGUCGCCUCUUACGACAAGCAAGUGGCACUGAAGACCCAUUCUAACCCGGAUCCCCACGGGGUUGAUACAAAUGAAGUUGGACUAUUUAGAUAAACGGUGUAUCAAGGCCAUUAACUGUUUUAACUCGCAUUAGAUCGUAUAAAGUGAGUGGAACUCACUUCCGUUCCUCGCAACUUCAUCGCGACAUAUCUAUCCGAGAUAAAUAUGUUGAUAUCAUUUUAUCAGCGAAAUUACCUAACCUUGAAUUAGAACACACUUUAAAAAAAAUGUUCUGAGUCCCUCUCGUUUUCAGCUAACGGGCUAUUUUAAAAAGCAGUAGAUUGAUUUAUCACUCGACAUUAGUCUUUAGUGCUGAUUCUAGACCUAUAACUAUUUAUCCUUUUAAUUAUGUGUGGGGGGUUUUCCUUAAUGAUACGUAUUUAUGCAUAAUUAUGUAUCCAGGUAUUUAUAUUGUUAAUUUUCGUUCCUCUUGUUUACUAUUUAAAAAAACCAAUAUUUGAUGUACUUUACUGAUAUGCUAGUAUGAUUAUUUUAGUCAUGUUAUAUUAAAUUCCAUAUACAAAAAGCUUUACU